GGCAAUAACUUGAGUCAGUGCUCAAUGAGACACCAGCCAAGACACACUCACACACUCACACACAGGCUGUGGGGUCAGAAGGGGCUUCCCAGCCACAGCUCCUCCUAAACCAGGUUACAUUGGCUGAACUCAUCCACUUUCUAACCAUCAGCUUCCAGCAGCCAGCCUGCACACCAACACACAACGUCAUUUUGGAAGAUCUGAUCCUCCCAGGUUGUGAAGUAGCUAAUUUUUUUUUUUUUUACUUAUUCAGACUUUACUUUCAGCCUCCAGAGGUUGCUCCCAGUGAGCUGAACAUUCUGACAGUCUGGUUACUGUAACGUUCUAUCAUGAUCUGCACGUUGGGACAUCAGCCCCUGUGACCCUCCUCAGAGCCCACCUUGGAGAAGACUUGGACAUUUCAGUCACCUCAUCUUCACAACUUGGAACCCAGGCAGGACUGCGCUCUGUCUCUGCUAAGAAAGAGGAGAAACUGAGGCUGCAAUCUGCUCUGGAAGGAUUUUUGUCUCAGUCUGUUUGCAGUAACUCAGAAGGAAAGGGGGAGAAUCUCUGCCAGGAACCUGCGCUCUGCACCUCUGGCCAGGCUUGCUGAGUGAUCUUUCGGGGUGUUUCUAUUUUUUGGGAGACUUGGUAGCGUGCCCCCUCAUUGUGCCGGGGGUGACUUGGUGUCCUUCACUGCCUGUCUCCGCAGUUUGGCCAGGGGGGAUGGGAGGAGGGGUCUGCAGAAGAUCCCUGGACUAGUAGUGGCUGCAUUGCACCUUCUUCUGCUAUCAUCUGGCUAGUAACCAAGGGACCCAGCUAGCCCAGACACAGCCACAGCUAGCCCAGACACAGGCACAGCUAGCCAGCCACAGCCAGCCCAGCCACAGCCACUCUCUGGGAUUCACUGUCAUUGCACCAUGAGGUACAUCACAUCAGUCCUGGGCUAUCUGUUGUUACACUUGUUUGUCAUCUGUCUACAAGCUCAGGUAACUAUUCAGUCCCCACCUAAUUUUACACAGCAUGUGAGGGAGCAAAGCCUUGUGACAGAUCAACUGAGCCGUCGGCUCAUCCGGACCUACCAGUUGUACAGUCGGACCAGCGGCAAGCACGUGCAGGUUCUGGAUAACAAAAAAAUUAAUGCAAUGGCCGAAGAUGGCGACCCACAUGCCAAGCUGAUUGUCGAAACGGACACGUUUGGAAGCAGAGUCCGCAUUAAAGGCGCAGAAACUGGCUUUUAUAUCUGCAUGAACAAAAAGGGAAAACUGAUCGGCAAGACAAAUGGGAGAGGCAAAGAUUGUGUCUUCACCGAGAUUGUCCUCGAGAACAACUACACUGCUUUGCAAAAUAGCAAGUAUGAAGGCUGGUACAUGGCGUUCACACGAAGAGGCCGUCCUAGGAAAGGUUCCAAGACAAGGCAGCACCAACGGGAGGUUCAUUUUAUGAAGAGGUUGCCGAAGGGCCACCACACCACAGAACCUCAUAAACGUUUUGAGUUUAUUAAUUACCCUUUUAAUAGAAGGAGUAAAAGAACUCGAUACUCAAGCUCUCGGUAGGAACCGGACAAGAGUCACUUCCAUGUUCCAGAGACUUUUCAUACAGACUACUUUAUUCUAAUAUAAAAACGG